AUGAAGCUGUAUGUGAUCCUUUUACUGUGUGCUCUGUUCACCAUCAUCCAACAGGCAUCUUCACAAGAUAAGUGUACGUGUGAGUUGACUAAUUCAGAGAAGGCAUUCCCUCAUGACAAACUCAGCACAGUGGAGGGCAAUGCAUCAAAAUGCAACAGCAACAUCACCCCACAGAAGACUCUGGAGCUGGAGAGUCUGCUGCUGGGUUUGGAGCGACGUCUGCCCCAGCUGCAGGAAGAUGUGUUGAUGCUGGAGAUGGAGGAUGACGGAGACCUCUACGCAGUUCUCAGCCUGUAUGUGAUAGAGAAUGAACUGAUGGAGAUCAAGCAGCUCAUUGACAGGCUCAACAGCACCACCAAGGCACAGCAGGGUCUGACUGCUGACACCACUGAACAGCUGGAGAACCUGAGAGCAGAGAUGCAGGAGCUGGAGACAUACGACACCAUGCAGGUGGUGAAAGGACAACGAGACAACGAGCGUCUGAACAGCGAACUAGAAAGGUGCAAAAAUGGACCUCUCCCCACCACCCAACCCACUCAACCUCUACAUGGUAAAUGUCCCCACGGUCAAUUUCGGAACAUUACUGGCCCGAGGGUGUACACAGCAGGAGAGUACCCUGGCUCCUAUGCUUAUGGAGCCUGGGGUCGGGAUCCCAAACCAGCGGUGGGAAAGGAGAGCUGGUAUUGGCUGGUAAUGAUGACCUCCAGCAACAGAUACGCCAACUACGUCCGUCUCUACUCUAGCCUGAGCUCUCUCAUUGUUGGGGUGAGCGCCCCAGGUAAUGUCGAGAUCAACCCCUCUAACCCAACCACCAACACUAUCCAGGGUCCGAAUGUUGUGCUGCAUGGAGAGGCCUUGUACUACAACUGUUACAACCUAGAUGCUGUUUGUCGUUUCAACCUCAACACCAAAACUAUCACCACUUUAGAACUACCCAAAGGCACCAGGUUUAACUCAAAGGGUAACUUCUGCCACCUUGAUGAAUGCUACCCGUUCACCGACCUGGACCUGGCAACAGAUGAAUCAGGUGUUUGGGUGAUCUAUACCACCAGCCAGGACUUUGGCAACCUGGUGCUGUCCAAGUUGGAGGAGAGUAGGGAGGGUUUGUCUUCCUCCAUCUUGGAGGAUGAGGAUGAUGAGGAGGAGGAUGAACCACUGACUCUUGGCCAGACCUGGCACACCUCGGUCUACAAGCAGGGGGUGUCUAACACCUUCAUGGCCUGUGGCGUGCUCUACGCAACACGGUAUGUCAACAAAACCAUGGAGGAGAUCUUCUAUGCAUUUGACACCACGACGGGGGUGGAAAGGUUCAACGUUGGAGUUUUCAUCAACAAGAUGUCUCCCAACAUUUAUUCCCUGAACUACAGCCCUGUGGACCAGAUGCUACAUGCCUACUGUGACUCCUACAUGGUCUCCUAUAAGGUCUUGUUUUGGUAA